UAAAAACUUCUGCAAACAGUAGGAUGACUUCAGGUGUAGUGGGACGUAAGGAUGAAAUGGAUUGGUGCGCUAGAACAGUAUUGCCAGUCACCAUUAUUGGCAGUUAGCCAAUGAAAAAAAUUAUUGGGUUAUUUCUAUGGAGAGUUGGGAUAGGAUGCCAGUUGCCUUCCGAAUGGAGACCGCUCAGCGAGGGAUGCCGAGCGGAGCUGGCGGAGAUCAUCGUGUACGCCAAGGUGCUGGCCAUCCACCAAGAGACGUACAGCAGUAGCCUGUACAACUACCUGCCCUACCAGUACGAGGGCGCGGAGGACGGACUUUUCUACUCGGCGGAAGUAGAACUGCAGUGCGACCAGGCGUGGGGCAGCAUGCUUGAGGUGCCCGCCGGCUCGCGCCUCAACCUCACGGGGCUGGGGUACUUCUCGUGCCAUUCGCACACGGUGUUGCAGAAUUACUCCUACAUCUUCUUCCUCAGGAUGGAUGAAAAUUACAACAUCCUUCCACACGGAGUCAACUUCCAGGACGCCAUCUUCCCAGACACACAGGAGAACCGCAGAACCUUCUCCAGCCUGUUCCAGUUCUCCAACUGCUCCCACGGCCAGGCCCUCCAAAGCUUCAGCCCCGACUGGGAGGCCCAGGAGGACAGUCGGCUCCUGUGCUCCUCGGUGCAGCUGGCCCUGUUUGAGGAAGAGGAGCGCGUUAGGAAGCUGCAGCAGCGCAUGGUGCAGCUGGAGCAGCGGAACCGGCAGCUGAAGGAGCGCGUGCGCAAGGUGAAGCGCUCGCUGCGGCAGGCGCGCCGGGCCGGCCAGCGGGCCGAGCGGGACAACCAGGACCUGCGGGAGAAGCUUGCCACCGCCGCCGCCGCCGCCCGUGGCGCCAGGCGGCACCACCUCAGCGUCGACGGAGCCUGCCCCACCGCGCCGUCGGUCCAGCCCCUCCGCUUGAGCCACCAGUCCAGGCGGGCCACCACCUCAACGCCGUCGAGCGGGAGACCCCGCCCCACCGCUACGCCAAGGGGAAGGUGA